AUGGAAAGAGGAGAAACGUCAGUUGCGGGAGGAAGGCACGGUGUGAACCAGCAGCAGAACGGUGAUACCGGUGACAAUAACUUCAGGGAAGGAUCUGUCCAUACCUUAGACACCGAAACUACCGCAGAGGAGGAGCCGACCCGAGCGGAUGUGGAAGAGAACGUUGAUGAAGAAAACAUGACGUUGGAGCAGCUGAGAGAGACGCUUCGUCAAGAAAGAGAACGAGAAAGAGAUUUAGUGGAGCAGCGCACUAGACUAGCGAGACAAAACGCCACACUGAUGCUACAAAAUCGUCAUCUCAACGAGGAGAGAUCAAUUGAUGAUUCGAGAGGAGGAGAUACAGACUCAGGAGCAAGAACAGUUUCAUCGGGAAGAAGGAAUUCACGUCAAAGGGACUAUGCAUAUGAAAACGACGAAAGUGAAGAAAGGAAAAAUGAGGAAGGAAGAGAAAGAAGAAGAAGGCGACAAAGAGAAAGAGAAAGCAGUGACGAAAGGAAUCUGAGAAGAGCAUUCGAAGAAACGAGAUGGGAGGACCGAAGUCGAAGGUACGAAGAAGAAAGAAGGCGAGAAGAGGAAGAGUAA